CACAGCCCACAACUCCACUCUUGCUAAACUCUUUUCUUGUGUUUAGUAUUGGGCCAAAACCAGUUUAGUUCGGGUCGUUUGAAAUCGCUUUCGGCCUAAUGAAGGACUAAGAUUAAAAAAUAGAAAAAUCGAAAAUGGGGAAAGAAGUGAAAAACCCUGGGAAAACCCAGCAAAAAACCAUGCUGAACAGCAAUAGGGUCUUGACAUUCACAUUGGAAUUCUCCCCAUCUCUCAAAUUCUCAGCCAAAACCCACAUAGAAUUUCGACCCAGAAGCCUUCACAGCUCAAUCAUGAACUCUGCAUCUCGUUCUUCUCCAAGAGAAGCUCAAGUAAAUGAUACUGCUUGCGGUGGCAGCGUCACAUUGGAGGAGUGGCAAGGUUGGGGCUGUGUAUCUCCAGUUCCGGCAAUGGUAAACGAGGUUAUUCAUGAUUUGAAGCUCUUGGAGAAUAAUAUUGAUGCCCACAUGGUUUUUGGUGGUAAUGGUGGCAAAUUUCAGGGAGAUUUUAAAAUUCAGGAGGAUAAGAAGCACAGAGCUAAAUAUCAGUCUUUGGGAGACUCAGACAAAAAGUUCCAGUUCUUUUCUGCUCGACAAAUAGCAUGCCGGUUGCUUGGAAGCCGGGGCUACCUCUGCCAGAAGUGUUGGCUUCCUAUGGAAGAUUGUAUGUGUUCAAAAGUCAGGCCUUGCUCACUAUGGCGUGGCGUAAAGUUCUGGUUGUAUAUGCACCCAAAGGAUUUUCUACGGCAAAACAACACUGGGAAGUUGUUAUGGCAAGUAUUUGGUGUUCAAGCUGCAACUUUGUGUCUUUAUGGAAUUUCUGAAGAUGAGGAAAUCAUGUGGAAUGCAUUUAAGGAUGCAGGAAAAGGCAAGGUUUGGUGCCUUUAUCCUAACCAGAAUAUAGUACCAAAGACAGUUCAGGAUGCCUUUAGCUGUCAAUCUUCAGUAGAUCUGGAAUGUACACAUUCAUUGACAAAUAGAGAUAGAGCUCUGAAUUUUGUUCUGAUUGAUGGUACAUGGAGCAAUUCUGCGGCAAUGUUCAGGCGUUUAAAGGAGCAAGCAAAGUUCCUCUGGGGUGAGGAGGACCUGCCUUGCAUAUCUCUUGCUGCGGGUGCAUCUCUAAUGCAUAAACUUCGACCUCAACCAUCAUGGGACCGUACUUGUACAGCAGCGGCAGCUAUUGGUGUUCUUGCUGAGCUGCAGCUUCUUCCAGAGUGUAGCUCCUAUGGAUUGGAUAAACAGGCUGAAGCAGUGGAAGAUGCUUUAGUUGUUCUGCUGGAAGCACUGACGGCUCGACGCCUUCGGAUGGGCAGGUCCAUCACUCGUAAAAUAAGACACUCUAGGGACAUUUGUUAACAGCUAAGAGAUUUAGUGAUGUAGGUGCUGGUGAGCGGGAGCAAGGUUACUCCAUUUAUUUAGGUUUUCUAUGUUUGGUAGCAAUUGCAACAAUAACUACUAACAGAUGACGUCAACAAUCAAGCGACAAGCAGAGCCAUAUUUGACUGCUAAGCUCUUCACAUUGUCUUUUGAAAUUUUGAUAUAGCGGUGCCUUGUGGAAAAUGAUCUUAUGAUUUGUUACCGGCUUCACUAUUGAUGGCAAAAUGACAUACAUUGACUGAGCAAAGGAGUUCGAGUUGAGAAGAUGCUUUAAGUAAACCAUCAAUUAGUUUUGAAAGAAACUAGUUCAUCAUGGUGUGCUGUUGCGGAGCUAAAUUUUAUUGAAUAGAGUUAGAAAUUUAUUAUUGUAAUUUAUUUUUUUAAUAGUUUUAUUUUUUUUGCAUGCAUGAACAUAUCUUUAUUUUGUUAUUUUAAAAAUAUAACUUGAAA